AUGGUGAGACAUGUGCAGCCACAUGUACUCGCAGACAGUGGGGAGGGCCGCAAUACAGAUGACAGCAAGCAGCACAUCACCAUUUGUGUUUGUCAUGCUGGUGUCUCCGUGGAUGACAUAAGUAUCUCGGAACGUUGCCUCACAGAACAGCCCGAGCAUUUGCUCCACAAGGAGAACAGGAUUGGCCCGCGGGGUAAGACGGCAUCUCGCAUUCGCGAGAAAAAUGUCUACCUGCCCUUUGGCUCCGUUGGGAGUGGCGGCUUAGCGCUUCUGUCGCAGCCAUUGGUGCCGCGAAGCAACGUCUGCCCUGAUGCAAAGCUAGCUUCGGGCGUCACCUUCGACUUGGUCAUCGAGGAGACAGAUUUCGCUUAUCACGAGGGCCUGGGCACUGGCUUCACCGCUCAG